AAUUACGGAGCCUCGCAGUCAUCAUGGCAGGGUCCCUCGCCGGCCCCCUGGCGGCGGGCGCGGCAAGUGUCGGUCACGUGACAUGACGUCAUCGCCGCGACGUGGCAGAGCGGCAGAGUGGUCGUCGCGUCCGCCAUUUUCACCCUCGGUCCCUGUAGAAAGUGGCAAAAAUGGGCAACAUAUUUGCCAACCUUUUCAAAGGCCUUUUUGGGAAAAAGGAGAUGCGCAUCCUGAUGGUGGGGUUGGAUGCCGCUGGUAAAACAACAAUCCUGUAUAAGCUCAAGUUGGGAGAAAUUGUAACCACAAUUCCAACUAUUGGUUUCAAUGUCGAAACUGUAGAAUACAAAAACAUCAGUUUCACGGUAUGGGAUGUGGGCGGUCAAGAUAAAAUUCGACCAUUGUGGCGCCAUUACUUCCAGAACACACAGGGGCUUAUCUUUGUAGUUGAUUCAAAUGAUCGAGAAAGGAUUGGAGAGGCGAGAGAGGAACUAAUGCGUAUGUUAGCAGAGGAUGAACUCAGAGAUGCUGUGCUACUCAUAUUCGCCAACAAACAGGACCUGCCAAAUGCAAUGAAUGCAGCAGAAAUUACAGACAAAUUGGGACUGCAUUCACUGAGGAACCGCAACUGGUAUAUCCAGGCAACGUGUGCUACAAGUGGAGAUGGUCUUUAUGAAGGCUUAGAUUGGCUCAGCAACCAGCUGAAGAAUGCUAACCGUUAAAUCUCGCCACCAGCAGCUCACACACUAAAAGUUGAACUAGUGGGCAGUGAUUAUAUCAUUUAGGUUGCUGGCUGGAUCAUCAGAAGGCUUUGUUGCCUGUUCUGCACAGGAAAGUUAGUGAUGGCUAAAUGACUAUUCAUCAUUAAAGAAACUGGUUCAGGAAAGGAGCAAUUUUAUCAGUGUGAAAAAAACACUGUUAAUAUAACCUUAUUGCUGUGGGUGAACCCAAGCAAAGGAUAGUAGCAUGAGCUUGGGUGCUGGGUGGGUAAAGCCCAGCCCUGACAAUGUGCAGUGAACAAGUGGUGGGCUGGACAGUGCAGCAAUGAUGUUGUUACCUCAUAUGUGAUGUCAGCAACGUGUGAAUGACUUUAAGUGAUGAAAGGAGGAGAACGAGCCUUGCUGUCUGUCCAGUCUACAGUAUUGACUUCAAAGCCUGAGGUCAGGUCAUACCGGAGCCCAGUGUUCUCUUGUCUUACUGUAGUAUGAGAAUUUAAUUAUCAGGACUUGGGCCCCAGUAUGAUACUUGGCUGAGUGUAAUGCCUUUAUACUGGUGUAAAAGUCUGGAAUGUGCUCUAAAGGAAGCAACAAAGAUUAAGAUAAUUUUAAUUGCUAUUUUUCUUCAUUAUCUUCCAUUUCACAAUAUCAGAUUUUUAUCAGAUUUGUGUUUUUUUUUUCUUUUUUUCCAUUUGUUUUAUUUUAUUUUACCCCAUCUCAGAUUAAGGUAGGGACUUUUUAUUUAUUGGAAUGUGUUUGCAGCUCACAUCUGUGUUGUUAGUAUUGGUGCACUUUGCUUGGUCUUUUAAAAAAGGAAAAAAAAUAAUCAAAGGUGUUCAUAGUUCAGUGGACACAAACUUCAAAGUUGACUUAUUUUGGAACAUUCCUGUUGGCAUAGAAUUGAUGUGGAGCUAUUGUAUCAGUUAAUCAACUUAUGUCUUCUGAUUUGUAUACUGUGUUAACUAAAUUUAAACUUACUUUUUUGUUGUUUUUUUUUCUAUAUUUUUUGGUAUUUAAUUGAGCAGGCAAAAUCCCUUACAUGGAAACUAGAUUGAUACAUGGUGGUUUUCUGACUUAUGCUCUUUGAAUAAGUGUAAUAAAACUUAAUUUGUGCUUGA